AAUAUUUAUCGUCAUCAUCAAAAUAGUAGCUCUCGGCAUCUCAAAUUACUGUAACAGUUGAAUAAGGCAAAAAUAAUGGCAGCCAUGGCUGCGUUGCAAAGCUCAAUGACUGCUCUUUCUCUAUCCUCAAACUCCUUCUUGGGCCAACGUCUCUCAAUUCCUCCUUCUCUCUCCCCUCUUCACUUCUUUGAAGGUUAUAUGGAAAUGAUCAAACCAAGAGAGAAUCCAUGUCUCAUUGUAGUGAAGCUUAAACGAUGGGAACGGAAGGAAUGUAAACCGAACAGCCUUCCAGUUUUGCAUAAAAUGCAUGUUAAGGUUGGAGAUACCAUCAAAGUAAUAUCGGGUCGUGAUAAGGGCAAGAUUGGAGAGAUAAGCAAGAUCUUCAAGCAUAACAGCACCAUUGUAGUGAAAGAUAUAAACCUGAAGACGAAGCAUAUGAAGAGCAGAGGAGAGGAUCAACCAGGACAGAUAAUUAAGAUUGAAGCACCAAUUCACAGCUCAAAUGUGAUGCUGUAUUCGAAAGAGAAAGAAGUGACGAGCCGGGUGGGUCAUAAAGUGUUAGAUGACGGGAAAAAAGUGCGGUACCUCAUAAAGACGGGAGAAAUCCUUGACAGUGACGAGAAUUGGAAGAAACUGAAGGAAGCUGCAAAAGAGAAAACUGAAGUAGCUGCAGCUGCUCCUGCUGCGGAUACGGGUGCUGCCUCUUAGAACCUAAAAUAUCAUAAAACUUGAAAAACUAAUGUGGCUUCUGGAAAUUUAGAUUAUUUUUUAUCUGUAGUCUUCCAUCUUUAUGCACCAAUUACUUUUAAAAUAUAGUGGAAGGUGGUCAAUUCUUUUUCCAACAGUAAA